GCGAAGCCCCACGCGUACAGUAACCCCAAACACGACCCACCACCAACAGGACAAAUCUCCAUUAAAAAAAUAAUCCCAUAGCCUUCUCCUCCCUUUCUUCUCCACACCCCGGUCUUCUCUGUCCCAGCACCGAACAGAUCAUCAGGUAUAAACAUAGAGGGAAAUAAGAGACAAAAAAGAGAAAAAAGAGGCGGAGAAACGCGCGCGCGCCGAAGGUGGCAUGAGUACUGGAAGUACAAGCAGCAGCGGAGGGGCCGGAGGAAGCGGCGGAGGUUCCGGAGUUGGUGGCGGAGGAGGCCCGUGCGGUGCGUGCAAGUUUCUUCGAAGAAAGUGCGUCAGCGGCUGUAUCUUCGCUCCUUACUUCGACUCGGACCAAGGAGCGGCGCACUUUGCGGCCGUGCACAAGGUGUUCGGUGCUAGCAACGUGUCGAAGCUGCUGCUACACAUCCCGGCGCACAAGCGCCUGGAUGCGGUGGUCACUAUCUGUUUCGAGGCCCAGUCGCGCCUCCGCGACCCCGUUUACGGCUGCGUGGCACACAUCUUCGCUCUUCAGCAGCAG